GACAGGGAUAUUGGCGAGCUCAACCUAGGGGGGCACAUAUAUACUUGACUAGCUAGGUAGCUAAGCUAUCGUAUCGAGCCGUGACUGGUUAUCGUCGCUUUUCGGAAUCACGUUGAAUACCAUCCAUUGAAACUUACCUCAAGACACCAUGGGGUCCGAACUUGCAGAGUUGAAGGAGCAGGUCUCCCUGCUUCGCAAGGAAGUUUCACGCAUCUCGGAUGAAGCUGAAGUGCGAAAGGUUCACUUCAAAUAUGGCUACUACCUCGACAAGUGCUUAUAUAACGAGGUGGUAGAUAUGUAUGCAGACCACCCCGACACCUACGUCGAGUUUCUUGGAUCGCGAUAUCGAGGAAAGGCCGGCGUCAAGCGACUCUAUAAUGGCCGUUUCCAGGAGGCUUUCGUCAAUGGGCGCAAUGGGCCCGUCCGUGGUUUCCUACUAGACCAUAUCAUGAUGCAAGAUAUCGUCGAUGUCGACCCUAGCGGAACACAUGCCUGGUGCCGAAUGCGCGCGUUGAUGCAAGCUGGAACACAUCAAUCCGUCAAGGACAGCCACCCGCGCGGACACGUUCAAUGGUGGGAAGGUGGUCUCUACGAGAACGAAUACAUCAAAGAGAACGGCGUUUGGAAGCUAUUCCGAUAUCGAUACUUCCCAUUCUGGCACGCUGAAUACGAGAAGGGUUGGUCUCUAACCAAGGAGAACUACGUUCCCUGGCCUACAAAGACCUACCCUGAGGACCCCUUAGGUCCAGAUGAGAUUAUCGAGCAGAAGAUGCUUUGGCCUGACACGCGCGUGGUACCUUUCCACUACCCACACCCGGUGACGGGCAAGCAGACCGCAGACGACGACCUUCGCGCCCCGCACUUUGGCAAGGACGCCAGCACGGCCGAGGCGCCGCUCACCCUAGAACUACCUGAGGGCCAGAGCCGACCUGGAGCGGGGAAGACGUGGGAGAGCGAGGGCUCAGUGAGGGUUCUGCCUGAUCUAGUUCAGAACUCGUAGCGUUGGGUUGCAUACAUAUAGCCUAAAGGGGGAUAGGGGGAAAGCUGGCUGGAAUCCGAAUCUGGGGUAAAGAACUCCCUCUCGCGUGUAGUCGACCCCACUUCUCCAACGCCGAGCUUGGUGGCAUUCUUAUUAUAGUAAGUAGCGGAAGUGGUAGUAGUUAGAUGCAAAGUGUUCGUAUCAGAUCGUACGGUCAUAUGCUUGUCCUUUUUCCAGCCGUAACAUAACUGCCGACCGCGUGUAGAU